UUUCCCAGAAAGCCGAGGGAGGGGGACGGAUGGGGGUUAGGGCCCAUGUGCAGAGGUAGCAGACGGAGCUCCGCGGCGCAGCGGCAAGCGGAGAGUUGACUAGGAAGGUUUCUGGGUCUUGGCCAGAGGAUUUCUCACAGCCUCCAAUCAUGCGUCUCUCUGCCCUGCUGGCCUGGGCAUCCAAAGUCACUCUGCCCCCUAACUACCGCUAUGGGAUGAGCCGUCCAGGCUCCCUCUCAGACAAGAGGAAGAACCCUCCAGGGACCAGGCGGCGCCGGGUGGCUGUGGAACCCAUCUCUGAUGAAGACUGGCAUCUGUUCUGUGGGGACAGGGUGGAGGUCCUAGAAGGCAAGGAUGCCGGGAAGCAAGGCAAAGUGGUUCAAGUUAUCCGGCAGCGAAACUGGGUGGUCCUGGAGGGGCUGAAUACACAUUACCGCUAUGUUGGCAAGACCAAGGAUUACCGGGGAACCAUGGUCCCUAGCGAAGCACCCUUGCUCCACCACCAGGUUAAACUUGUGGAUCCUGUGGAUAGGAAACCCACUGAGGUGGAGUGGAGAUUCACUGAGGCAGGAGAGCGGGUACGAGUCUCCACAAGAUCAGGAAGAAUUAUCCCCAAACCUGAAUUUCCCAGAGCUGAUGGCAUCGUUCCUGAAACAUGGAUUGAUGGCCCCAAAGACACAUCAGUGGAAGAUGCUCUAGAAAGAACCUAUGUGCCCCGUCUAAAGACACUGGAGGAGGAGGUGAUGGAGGCAAUGGGGAUCCAGGAGACUCGGAGACACAAGAAAGUCUAUUGGUAUUGAACCUGGGGAGAGCAGCUUCUUCUCUCCUUGUCUUAGCCUUGAAAGCUGCAGCCACCUCUUCUUCAGACAUCAAUAAAGAGCCACAAGUUGUCCUC